AUGCCUAGAAGAAUUUAUGUUGUUAGACAUUGUGAAAGAAUCGAUAACAUAGAUUCAAAAUGGCGUAAAAAAUAUCCUGGUUUUCAAGAUGACAACUCACCUUUAAGUGACAGAGGAAGAAAUAUCCAGGCAGUGGAGCUCCAGAAAAGAUUUGAAAAUAUUCAUCUUGAUCAUGUUUUGGCAUCUCCCAUGGAUCGAACAAUGGAAACUGCCUCAAUACUUUUGGGUAAAAAAGAUAUUUUAAUCAAACCGGAACCAGGUCUUGUUGAGGUUCUGUACCUAUGUAAUGAUCCUCCAUCAUUUUGGAAGGUUGAUAAAUUAAAGGAAAAAUUUUCAAAAGUUGAUACAAAUUAUAAUCCUAUAUUUAAAAAAUUUUUAAUGCUAAAAAUGGAUAAUUCAACAGCAACAACAUCUAUGAAAUACUCAUGCCUCGAUUGCAACUUUUCUUCUUUUACUGAACAUGAGAUUAUCCUUCAUUGGAGUUGUUUUUCACAUAGAAUAAUUAUUCCUCCAUUAAAUGUUGAUGGAAAUGCUAUGAUGAAAUUGGAGGGAACGCAAAAGAGUAACGAAAUAAGUAGUAUGAAUGAUGAAAAAUACUACUCAAAUGACAUAUAUUGUGUGGAGAACAAAGAAAACGUCUGCCACAUGGAUUUUGAAGUAAAUAAACGUAAUUUAAAAAGAAAACUUUCCAUGGAUCAUAAUGGUUUCAAGAAGGCAAAAGUUUUUUCCUAA